AUGCGCGUGGUAUUGUUGGAUAUUGGAGAGAAGAUGCCAGACCUAUGGAGGCGAGCCAUUGGUCGGAGGCGGGUCAGCGGUGUGGAUGUGGUGGUUUUCAAGGGUCAACUCCCGCAGUUGGGUGCAUAUUUGAGGACUGUCAACCGGACAAGUAUUGUCUCGCCGGGGAACUCGGCAGGUUUCAUGGGUGGUGGCUUUGACAAGAGUCUGGCUAGUUUUUUCCGACAAGGAGGUGAUUGGAAGGUCACAGAGAUGCAUGUCCGUCUUUCGCUUAAGGGCUACGUUCCCCUUGGAACUGCUAAUCUCGUGAAAUUCGACGCAGAAUUCUAUAAAACCUCUCCAGCAUGGACAACAUUGCGCGCAAGUUCCAUAAUUCACGUCCCCACUAUGCGUGCGCCGCAAAAGCUGUGGGAUGGGUCAAUCUCAAGAUGGCGUGGAUUUGUGUUUGAUUGUGUGUGGGCAGUGUUAGUUGAGGUAGAAGCUGCUAACAAGAGGGACUCUUCACAGAUUAUUGACACUAUUGUGAUUCCCAGUCUUGGUACCGGUUACGGAGAGCUACCGCAAGAUCUAGUUGCAGAUGCCAUGGUUGCAGCUAUAACAAUAUUCUUUGACGAUAUAGGUUCUGAUGAGAAGACGUUCGCGGCAUUGGAGUAUGUGGAUGGGUGCGGUAAAGAAGGGUUUGUGGAAGAAAUUUAA